AGGCGGGGCGCUCUGGGGGCGGGUCCUGCGGCACCGCCCGGGAAGCUGCGCGAGGCUGGGAGGCUACCGCCACAUCCUCCUCCUCCUUCUCCUCCUCCCGGUCCAGACGAGCCGAGCUGGGUCGUGGCCGAGCCGAGGGCUCUGAGGGCGCAGGCGGAGCGGGGCACGGAGCCAUGGCGCACCAGACCGGCAUCCACGCCACCGAAGAGCUGAAGGAGUUCUUUGCCAAGGCACGGGCUGGCUCUGUGCGGCUCAUCAAAGUCGUCAUUGAGGACGAGCAGCUCGUGCUGGGUGCCUCACGGGAACUGAUGGGCUGCUGGGACCAGGACUAUGACAGGGCCGUGCUGCCGCUGCUGGAUGCCCAGCAGCCCUGCUACCUGCUCUACCGCCUGGACACGCAGAACGCGCAGGGCUUCGAAUGGCUCUUCCUCGCCUGGUCACCUGAUAAUUCCCCUGUACGGUUGAAGAUGCUGUAUGCAGCCACACGGGCCACAGUGAAGAAGGAGUUUGGGGGCGGCCACAUCAAGGAUGAGCUCUUUGGGACUGUGAAGGAUGACCUCUCCUUUGCUGGGUACCAGAAGCAUCUGUCGUCCUGUGCAGCACCCGCCCCGCUGACCUCAGCCGAGAGAGAACUUCAGCAGAUCCGUAUUAACGAGGUGAAGACAGAGAUCAGUGUGGAGAGCAAACACCAGACCCUACAGGGCCUGGCCUUCCCUCUGCAGCCUCAGGCCCAGCGGGCACUUCAGCAGCUCAGACAGAAGAUGAUCAACUACAUCCAGCUGAAGCUGGACCUGGAGCGAGAGACCAUUGAGCUGGUGCACACUGAGCCCACGGAUGUGGCCCAGCUGCCGUCUCGAGUGCCCCGCGAUGCUGCUCGCUACCACUUCUUCCUCUACAAGCACACCCAUGAGGGUGACCCCUUGGAGUCUGUGGUGUUCAUCUACUCGAUGCCGGGCUACAAGUGCAGCAUCAAGGAGCGCAUGCUCUACUCCAGCUGCAAGAGCCGCCUCCUCGACUCCGUGGAGCAGGACUUCCAGCUGGAGAUCGCCAAGAAGAUUGAGAUCGGCGAUGGGGCAGAGCUGACGGCCGAGUUCCUCUACGACGAGGUGCACCCCAAGCAGCACGCCUUCAAGCAGGCCUUCGCCAAGCCCAAGGGCCCCGGAGGCAAACGGGGCCACAAACGCCUCAUCCGUGGCCCUGGCGAGAAUGGGGAUGACAGCUAGGUGACAGGAGCUGAGCCCCACCGGCGUGUGGACUGUGGGGCCGCCCCUACCCCACCCCUACCUUCACCCCCACGGCCACCUCCCUCCUUUCCAGCCUGGGCUCCAGGUGGGGGUUGCCUCCUGUGGGGCAGGAGAGCCGGUGACUAAACAUUCUUGCAGCUUCCGAGGGCCACUGGGCUGGCAUUUUGUGACUCUCCCCCACUGUUGUCCCCUGCUCUCAUCCAUGUGUCCAGGGUGUCUGGGGGCCCUGCCCAGCUGGCUUAAGGGGCUGGCUGGGGGGCCUGGCAUGAACCUGGCCUCCAGGGAACUGAGACCAGGGUCCCAGCACAGCCCAGAAGGCUUUGGCCAUGAGGGGUGAGGUCAUUUGGGGCUGAACCAGGGGGUCACUGCAGGACAAGAUGGUUGAAUGCUGUAUUUUUUAAAGAAUAAAAUAUUUUUAAAUCAA